AUUUUUAUCCCAACAAACAACAAAAUGCGACCAAAGCACCUUCAGAAUUCAGAGCUCCCAACUAAAAAUCCAUAGUGCCAAUCUUUGCUUCUUCGGCCCUUCCUUCUCUCCCUCUCACUGCUGUGCAUCUCAAGCCACGUGCUGGGCGCUCUUUCUCCAUCAUCAUCUUCCAGCUUGGCUAGGUCUUGGUGAACUUCUUACACCGUAAAAGCUUCAGUUUUGGAAAUUUUUUUAUUUUGGGCGACGAAAUGAUGGGCUCGGACAACGAAGGGUUCGAAGAAGCCCAUCUUUACGCCUCCAAGGAGGAAAUGGAAAAUCUCGUCAUCGACAAUCCGUUGAACGACAGCAAUUCAUACUCAAACUACCGAAGCGCUCUAUCGUCGGCGAUCUCCGAUACAUCCCACCCUCUUGCGCCGUCGAUCCUCGUCACCCCGGCCGAUUCGGAUCCUAUCCUCUCGCCGCCACCCUACCGCGAUCACCUAUACCAUAACUCCCCGACGGAGAGCUCUUACUUUGAGCCUCCCCCGUUUGGGGAUAAUGUCGGAGACGUCAACGGAGUCGAAAACCAUAGCCUGAAUUUGGAUAAUUUCGGGAGAUUUUCAAGAUCCGCAUCAUGGUCUACGUCUUCGAGUACGGACUCGGAGUAUGUGAAAAUCACGGUGUCGAAUCCGCUGAAAGAGCAGGAAGCUUCGAAUUCGAUCGUGCCGGGCGGUGGAACUUACGUGACGUAUUUGAUUACGACGAGAACGAAUGUCCCGGAGUUCGGAGGAGUCGAAUUUAGCGUCCGGAGACGGUUCCGAGACGUGGUCACGUUAUCAGAUCGGUUGGCAGAGUCGUACAGAGGGCUCUUCAUACCGCCUCGGCCAGACAAGAGCGUGGUAGAGAGUCAGGUGAUGCAUAAGCAGGAGUUCGUGGAGCUGAGAAGGGUGGCCCUGGAGAAGUACCUGCGGAGACUGGCGGCGCACCCGGUGAUCAAGCGGAGCGAUGAGCUCAAGGUGUUCUUACAGGUUCAAGGGAAGCUGCCGCUGGCGACUACGACGGACGUGGCUUCAAGGAUGCUCGACGGGGCGGUGAAGUUGCCCAAGCAGUUGCUGGGGGAGAGCAGCGUGGUGGUGGCACCGCAUGAGGUGGUGCAGCCUGCAAAAGGAGGGAGAGACUUGUUGAGGUUGUUCAAGGAGUUGAAGCAGUCGGUUGCCAAUGAUUGGGGAGGGUCGAGACCUCUCGUGGUAGAGGAAGAUAAGGAGUUUAUAGAAAGGAAAGAGAAAAUUAAUGAUCUCGAGCAACAACUUAGCAAUGUUUCUAAGCAGGCUGAAUCACUUGUCAAGGCUCAGCAAGAUAUGGGAGAUACGAUGGCUGAAUUAGGGCUGGCAUUUAUUAAACUGACAAAAUUUGAGAACGAGGAGGCCGUGUUUAACUCUCAGAAAGCACGGGCCCAUGACAUGAAAGGUUUUGCAACUGCUGCUGUCAAAGCAAGUAGAUUCUAUCGGGAGUUAAAUGCUCAGACUGUCGAGCAUUUGGAUACCAUUCACGAAUAUCUUGGGCUAAUGUUAGUUGUCCACAGUGCGUUCUCGGAUCGCUCAAGUGCUUUGCUGACAGUGCAGACUCUUCUAUCGGAAUUGAGUUCAUUGGAAUCAAGGGCUGAAAAACUCGAGGCUACAUCAUCUAAAGUAUUUGGUCCUGGAAAAUCAAGGAAUCGCAAGAUUGAGGACUUGAAAGAGACAAUAAGAGCCACAGAGGAUGCCAAAAAUAUUGCAAUUAGAGAAUAUCAGCGGAUCAAGGAAAACAACAGGAGUGAGCUUGAAAGGCUUGACAAAGAGCGAGAAGCUGACUUAUUGAAUAUGUUAAAAGGUUUUGUGCAUAAUCAGGUGGGAUAUAUGGAGAAAAUUGCCAACGUGUGGACAAAGGUUGUGGAGGAGACAAGCUAUUAUGCGAAAGAGAAUUCUUGAACCAAGUGGCUGAAAUAGCAUUAACAUUCAUAACAAUGAAGGAAAUGGAGCACUAGUAGGUUCUGAAAAAUUGACUUCCUCAAAGUUGUAUCUAUGAUAAAGGUUGCUUACAGGCCUUAAAAGCCAGAUUUCAUGAUGUACAUUGCUUGUUACCUAUUUUAUUCUAGGCAACUCUUGAAUUGGUGAUGUUGGGUCACACCCCGAGUCAAUAGGACUUAAGGGAGCGUUUUUCUUAUAAACACGAGAUAGCAAAUAAGUAAUUGCAGCAGAAUUUUCAAAGGAAAUCAGAAACUUUUGUUAGAAAAAUAUUGUUCUUGAUUUUAAAUUUUUUCA